GUUCAUCUUACAAUGCCGUAACUACAUCCUCUCAAUCAUCAGUCAGAAAAGUUUUACGAUCCUCUUCGUAUGGACCUCUUGAUCAUUAUAUUGUUAGGCUAUUGUCAUAUUCAGAUAAUGAAAAGUUUAAAAUCCUUUUAUUAAGAUUAACAAUAGCAGUUUCUGAACAUGAUAUAGCUAUGUAUGAGGCACUUCAUGAAGAUUUAAUUGGCGAAACUCUCACAUUCGAUGGUUCAGAAAGAGAAUCUUAUGUUUCAGUAAUGGAAAAAACAAAUACAAUGAUCGAGGAGUUAAAAGGUAUGAAUAUAAAAGUUUCAGCAGUCAUAACUGAUAGUGCUAGCCUCUAUGCAGCAGCUAG